AUGAGAAACAGAUCAGUAACAACGUUCAUCCUGCUGGGACUGACAGAUGACCCUCAGUUGCAGGUUCUGAUUUUUGUAUUUCUCUUUCUCACCUACAUGCUGAGUGUAACUGGGAACAUGACCAUCAUUUUGCUCACCUUUGUGGAUUCUCACCUGAAAACACCGAUGUACUUUUUCUUAAAGAAUUUUUCUUUUUUAGAGAUCUCAUUCACCUCUGCUUGUAUUCCUAGGUACUUGUACAACAUAGCAACAGGUGACAAGAUCAUUACCUAUGAUGCUUGCAUUAUCCAAUUGUUUUUUACUGAUCUCUGUGGGGUAACAGAAUUUUUCCUCCUGGCUGCUAUGUCCUAUGACCGCUAUGUGGCCAUUUGCAAACCCUUGCAUUAUGUGACCAUUAUGAACACAAGAGUCUGUAGGAUUUUCAUUAUCUGUUGUUGGACGGCUGGUUUAUGUGUAAUAACCCCGCCACUAAGCCUAGGUUUAAAUCUGGAAUUUUGUGACUCUAAUAUCCUUGAUCAUUUUGCCUGUGAUGCAUUUCCCCUGGUGAAAAUCUCAUGCUCAGAUACAUGGACUGUGGAACAGACAGUUAUCAUUUGUGCUGUGCUGACCCUGAAUAUGACUCUUACUUGUGUGGUUCUGUCUUAUGGUAGUAUCAUCAGGACAAUAUUUCGAUUCUCUUCUGUCCAGCAAAGGAAGAAGGCCUUUUCAACCUGUUCUUCUCAUAUGAUUGUGGUUUCUAUCACUUAUGGUACUUGUAUUUUCAUCUAUAUGAAUCCUACAGCUAAGGAAAAAGUGACUGUUAAUAAAGUGAUUUCCCUCCUGAUUUCUUCAGUUUCACCUACAUUGAACCCAUUUAUUUAUACCCUGAGAAACAACCAAGUUAAAAAAGCUUUCAAGGACUCAUUCAAAAGAUUUGCAUUGUUAUCAAUUAAGUAA